AUGCCAACGGCGAUCUGCUGUGGCAGAGCAGUGGUGGUCUCAGUAGUGCGUUGCCACAAGUGCACAGCCAUACAAGCAUCACGAGUCAACUGCUCCGACCAGUCGUCGCAGACAAUGCCCGACCUGGUCGACACUUCGACAGAGACUUCGAAUUCUGUCCCUGUCAACAUUGUCUGUGGCAAGCUGGGCAAGGAACCACCUCCAGUGCCUGGUAACCGAAGCCCCCCUAGCCUGGAAGAAGAGGGUUCCGACUCGGAGAGUGAUUCCGAGGACGACAUCUCCGAGGAUGACAGACAAGACCCGACGUACUCUCCAGACGAGGGCGACACCGACAGUUCGGGAGAGGACUCUGCUGAUGAGUCAGAACUCAACAUAACUGGGGAGGCCGCAGACCCCGUUACGGAGCCCAAGUUCAUAGUGCCACUAUCCAGAUUGCUGCAGCUGCUCGCAGUCUGCUUUCAGUGCCUUUGUCCUACCACAGUGAAGAUAAGUCGACAGGGCCCCCUUCUUCGGGCUGUGGUCACUUGUGUGCAAGGUCACAAGUUCGUUUGGGAGAGCCAGCCCAGAUUGAGGAGCAGGCCACUGCUGACCCUCCUGCUCUGUGGGGCCAUCACGUUCUCGGGCGCAAGUCCAACGUGUGUUUUGCGCCUCCUGAGCCUGAUCGGAAUCGCCACUGUUCAAAGGUCGCAGUACUUCAGGAUUCAAAGCGCCUUCCUGUUCCCUGCAGCAUUCAAAGUCUGGAAAGCAGAGCAGGCGCAGCUUGUUCAGGGGCUGCAGGGCAAGACGCUGUGCCUGGCUGGGGACGGACGGGUGGACUCCCCUGGCUAUUCCGCGAAGUACGGGACGUACAGCCUGAUGGAGAUGAAUCUCAAGCGCGUAAUUCAUUUUGAGCUGGUCCAGUCGACCGAAGUGAAGUCCAGCUCCCACAUGGAGAAGGAAGGUCUGAGGCGCGGCCUAGACAAUUUGCUCAACGAGGGACUGAUCGUUGGAACGCUGGUUACGGACCGCCACAUAGGCGUCAAGGCCAUGAUGACGACUGACUACCCCAACACCAAGCACCGCUUCGACGCAUGGCAUCUUGCAAAAGGUGUCAUAAGCAAGGUGACUGCAGCAGGCGAGGGAAGAAAUAAGAUUCUGCUUUCCUGGGUGAGGUCGAUUCGGUCGCAUGUGUAUUGGUGUGCACAGACAAGUGGGGAUAAUGGGGACUUGAUUCUUGCGAAAUGGUGCUCCCUGAUGCGGCGCGUGGUCAACAUUCAUCUGCACCAAACCCCCCUCUACCCUGCCUGCUCUCAUGGUGACAUUGGGGACCGGUGGUGGCUGCAGGAAGGCAAGUUCAGUAAACACUUUUACAACACCUUCAAAUUUGAUUGCUUUGCUGAGCUCCCAUAG